UUAUUCUUCGCUGUCUGAUACGCCAAGAACGUCGCCAUGCCGCCAAGUGGAAAAGCUGCUAAGAAAGCUGGCAAAGCCAGGCCCGCCGGAGACAAGAAGCGCGGAAGGAGGAGAAAGAGAAGGGAAACCUUCGGUGUCUACAUCUACAAGGUGCUGAAGCAGGUGCACCCCGACACCGGUGUCUCUAGCAAGGCCAUGGGCAUCAUGAACUCUUUCGUCAACGACAUUUUCGAGCGCAUCGCCGCCGAGGCUUCUCGUCUGGCUCACUACAACAAGCGCUCCACCAUCAGCAGCCGCGAGAUCCAGACCGCCGUGCGACUCCUGCUACCGGGCGAGCUGGCCAAGCACGCCGUCAGCGAGGGCACCAAGGCAGUCACCAAGUACACCAGCUCCAAGUAGACCUACGGCUCAAGCUAUAACCCCGGCCUUUUUCAAGGCCACCCACAUCCUCACAAAAGAGCUAUACCAGUCACGCUUUCCAUGACCCAACACACGCACACAAAUCACUAACCUGUGAUCGCAGGUACUACUAGUAUUGCACAAUGUCCGGUAAAAUAACACACAGAAAAGACGUCACACCAACCACUCGUGUAUACAUCAACAGAAAGAAAUCAUUAUGACGCAAUAAACUUCGAACACAAUUGCAAUGACAUAUGUACGUCCUUUUUGACGUUCUUUAGAACAAUGCCAUCGAACGACGUUGUCUUUCUCUGCAACGUAAACACACAAUGCCUCAGGUUUACAUGUAUUUGGACAAACUUUUGGGUGCAAUUUGGGUACCUUUAC